UACAGAGAUAGAUGGAUAGAUAGAGCCCAAUUUUUGCCAUCCCCCGACGUUGUGCAAUUCCAAAGUUAGGAGUCGUCGCAGUGGGGAAGUAGGGGUAGAAGUCGUGACGAGGGCGUGAACUGUGCGGGAGCCCACAUCGGUUCAGGUGGUGGACCUUGAACGAGAUUCCUUGCACAUGCUGCUUUCGUAGCUUCGAAGCUCGUGAAGGAGGGAGAGUGUGUGUGUGUGUGUUAGAAGUGGGAUCUACCAUCUUUGGACUUAGGUGGAGUUAGCUAUGGCGUGGGCAGUGCGAUCGUUGCGUCGCUUGCAAUCUGGUGCGGUUUCGUCUCAUGCUCUGCGCUUGCUGGAAUCGAGGUCAUGGAUUGGGAAUUCUGGGAAUGCUGGCAUUUGUGCCGAUCAGAACUUUGUUGCGAAGCAAAAUUCAUUGCAAACGUUUUGGGUGAUAUCUGGAGCUAGCCUAAGGACACUCUCCACAGUGACCGUUGACGAAUCAGCUGCUUCGACAUCUCAUGCGAAGGUGCCCCAAAAGCCACAGCUCUCUAAAGAGGAAAGCGGUGAUGGCACCUUCUCGUUGGCUUCGAAGGGAACUCCGAGGGUGGUUUUUAUCCUUGGUGGACCUGGAAGUGGGAAGGGCACACAGUGUCAAAAAAUUGUAGAUAAAUUUGGUUUUGUGCAUCUUAGUGCUGGGGACUUGCUUCGUGCAGAAAUUCAAUCUGGGUCUGAGUAUGGAGAUAUGAUUAAUGACAUGAUAAAAGAGGGUAAAAUCGUUCCUUCCGAAGUAACUGUAAGACUCCUUUUGAAAGCGAUGGAGGACAGCAAAGGCGACAAAUUUCUCAUCGAUGGUUUUCCUCGAACUGAUGAGAAUAGAGCUGUCUUUGAGCGUAUGGCUGGCAUUGUGCCGGAGUUCAUUCUUUUCUUCGAUUGUCCAGAAGAUGAGAUGGAGAGGCGUGUAUUAGGUCGGAAUCAGGGGCGAUCGGAUGACAACAAAGAGACGAUGCAGAAGCGACUGAAAGUAUUUGUAGAUUAUAGUGUGCCAGUGGUGAAAUAUUACGAGAAUAUGGGGAAAGUACAUAAGGUUACUGCAACGGGGAGUAUAGACGACAUUCACACCACUAUUGAACCUCUUUUUGAACGAUUUGCUGAUGCUCAUAACACAGCUCAGACUCAAUGCGUGAAAAAGCAUUUGGGCGAAUCACCUGCAAACAACUGACUGUCUGUGCGGUUCCAUUCUGAGAUCAUGGUUACCAUGUACUGCUUAUCUUUUUAAGAGCGGCUUCCCCAUUUGGCUUGACAACAGCAACGACGUUGUAGACAUCUUUUGUUGUGGGGGAAUAGACAUUGCAGUUGUCUACCUCCUUUUGCACAGCGGAAAUCCGUGACAAAGCGAAUUCCAGAAGAACCACCAGAAAAGGGCGCUCGAAGCUUCUUAUGAAGCUUUCCGCCAGAUUCACUUAGUAACAACAUAACAGGAUGGACCGGACUAGCUACUCUCUAUCGCUGUUUAUGCAGAGUAGUUUCUUAAGAUAUGUAAGAUCCCUUUUGUGUUGUAGGCAUUUGUGACUUAUUUAAGAAGCGUUUUACUACUGUCUGGAACUUCAUUUAAUACAUUUGUUAAGUGUAGACAAUUGCUAAUUCUAAGAUAGCGCUUGACUUGUAUUUCGUUAACA